GGAUCUCUCUCAGCCUGUUUUCAUCUUUACUUAGCACCUGCUGGCUUGGAGUGGUGUCGCCCAAGCAAUCAGAUGGGAAGAUGUGCCAAGAGCCUGACCUCCCUCCCUCUGUGUGCUGCCCCUCCUCCCCUCACCCCAUAACAGCCUGUCCUGAUAUAGAUGGACAGGGGACCGGUUUAAAAUGACAGUCUCAAGUUCAUUUAGGAAGAGAAGGCUAAUUCAAAGAAACAGCAAGGCAAGCUUCCUUUCUCUGUAGGAAUCAUUAUUCUCCCCUUUGUCAUGGCCCACCUGGGAGCCCAUUUUGCCUUUAGAUCCCGCUGGCAGAAGACCGACGAUGAACUUUGCCGACAUAGCAUGUCUUUUAUCCUUCACAAAGCCAUUCGAAAUGACUUCUUUCAGAGCUAUCUCUACCUGCUGGAAAAAAUUCCCCUGGUGAAAUUGUAUGCUUUAACAAGCCAAGUCAUCAAUGGUGAGAUGCAGUUCUAUGCCAGAGCUAAACUUUUCUACCAGGAAGUACCAGCCACAGAAGAGGGUAUGAUGGGAAAUUUCAUUGAAUUAUCCAGCCCAGACAUCCAGGCAUCUCGGAAAUUUCUUAGGAAAUUUGUUGGGGGGCCUGGGAGAGCCGGAACAGACUGUGCCUUGGACUGCGGCUCCGGGAUAGGAAGGGUCAGCAAACACGUCUUAUUGCCUGUUUUCAACAGUGUGGAGCUGGUGGAUAUGAUGGAAUCCUUCCUCCUUGAAGCCCAGAACUAUCUGCAGAUCAAAGGUGACAAAGUAGAAAGCUACCACUGCUACAGCCUGCAGGAAUUCACACCCCCCUUCAGGAGAUAUGAUGUCAUCUGGAUUCAGUGGGUCUCUGGGCACCUGACCGAUAAGGACCUUCUUGCAUUUCUUUCCCGGUGCCGAGAUGGCCUGAAAGAAAAUGGAGUCAUCAUACUGAAGGACAAUGUAGCCCGUGAGGGCUGUAUCCUCGAUCUCUCUGACAGCAGUGUGACUCGGGACAUGGACAUCCUCCGGAGCCUCAUAAGGAAGAGUGGGCUGGUGGUGCUGAGCCAGGAGAAGCAGGAAGGCUUCCCAGAGCAGUGCAUCCCCGUGUGGAUGUUUGCACUGCAUAGCAACAGACACUUCUGAAAAGCAGUGGGAAUGAAUGAUGGACUGGGCAGUGGUGCUUUAGGAUGGGGUUGCUCUCCUUCCAGGUGCCCCUUGUAAUACAGAUAGGGAUGGAAAGAGAAGGGAUACAAUGUAUGUCUCGAAAUUAUUUAUGAUAUAAUAUGUACAUGUUUUCAGUAAUGGUAUAAUGCACAUACUCUGAUGAGAUAUGCACAAACUCGGUGGAUUUUCUGAAAAGAAAAAGGAGUGAAAUAUCAGGAAACAUGCUUUAAAUCUGCUUGUAUCUAUCUAAAUUGUACAAGCAUGCAUGAAGACAGAAGGCAUAAAGGACAGCUGGCCUGAAUCAAUAUUUGUAAAAAUUGUCUUUCACAACAUCCUAGGCAAAAAUGGUGUUUUUUUUUCAUCACAAGAUGAAAUUAGCAUUCUGUGUAUCAAGGAAAACAAAUAAUUUAGCUUUUGGGGUUGUUCAAAUAAAGCAUUUGUAUACUCAAAAAAGAAACAAUCUCCACAUGUUCCAAACUGUCUUGCUCCCUGAAGAUUAGUAUUAUAGAGUAUUCCAGGGGAGGUGGGGGGAUGGCAGAAAAUCUAGACUCCUUUCCCCGCCUUCACGUCCACUACAUUAUACUUCCUUCCUCUUUGGUACUACUACUUCUCUUGAACAAACAUCUCCAUCUAAUUAGGAAGGCUCUAGUCAAAAUAAUCUUGUGAAAACAAGUCCAUUAUUUAAUUUUGUCUUUAGCCUUUCUCUUGGCAGAAAAGGUAUUUUGUUUCACUUUCUAUUUUGGGUCAGUUUUACUACCCAAUGAUGUAAUAUGGAUGUAACUUGAUAACACAAGUCUGCAUUACAGUGAUGGGGAAGUGUCUUCUUUCAGGAGAAAAUGUUGUGCCCUGAAAUUUCAGCCUUUAACAUAUAAGUAAAUAUCAUUGAUAAAUUAAUUUUAACCUUUGGUUUCCAACAUUGCUUGCUUCAUUGCAGCUGCUCCUGGUCUUGAUUAAUGUGAAUGUAUAUUGGAAAGAGAAGCAGCAAAUAAAUGGACAAGGAAAUAAUGAACCUGAAAAUUGAACUAGCUGGAUUUAUAUGACAUUGGUUUAAUUAAAAAUAAUCUAAAAUUA